UGUUUUUAAUUCUCCACGGCUCGCUUCCGGUCUUCUCUGAAAGCUCUCUCUCACUAGUACUUGGUGUACAGUGCCACUGCGAGCUCUCCCUCCCUCUCCGCCCCCGAUCUGGUCGCCCCCUCCCGUGAAACCCUAGAGCUCCGUCGGGCGGGCCACCUCCGGGGUCCCCGCGGGCGCUUAGUCAGCCGCGCUGCUAUGGACCCCGCGCCGACGCUCGCCGCCGAGCUCUGGCGCCCGCCGCACCUAGGUGGCGGAGGCGGAGGCGGAGGCGGCCGGGCGCUGGAGGCCGCCGCCUCCGGUGUCACGGAGCAGAGCAGUGGGAGCCGCGCAGGGCGGAGGAGGCAGCGGGAGGCCCCGGCGCCCGAGGACGACUCGUCCAGGCUCGUCUCCACCUCCGGCGGCGGCGGCGGCCAGGAUUUGACUGAUUCAGAAGCAAAGCGUUUCAAGGCAAUUAAAUCCAGUGGAGAUAAUGGCAGUUUAAGAACAGAGGCUGAAACUGAUUCAAGAAAUGCUAGCAAGUCUGUUGAUAAAAACCCUCCACCACCAGAAUUACCAAAACAAGACUACAUCCAUGUGAGGGCAAGAAGAGGUCAAGCUACCGAUAGCCAUAGCCUUGCUGAAAGGGCACGUCGUGAGAAAAUAAGUGAGCGAAUGAAAAUUCUCCAGGAUCUUGUCCCUGGAUGCAACAAGGUUAUCGGAAAAGCAUCAGUACUUGAUGAGAUAAUUAAUUAUAUCCAGGCUUUGCAACGGCAAGUUGAGUUUUUAUCCAUGAAGCUUGAGGCAGUUAAUGCCCAUGUGAAUAAUGGAAUCGAAGCAUUUCCAUCCAAAGAUUUUGGUCCUCAGAUAUACAGCACAGCUCCUGGAUUGACGUUCGAUCCGCAGACACCAAGGGAGUACGCCCAGGGAUCUACACCAUCUGAAUGGCUCCACAUGCAGAUUGGUGGCGCCUAUGAAAGAGUGACAUGAACAGAACAAAUUCAGGAUGGUGGCCCAAAUAAAGCAUACCAUGAGUUCAUGAUCAGUCAGAGACCACGGCUUUAGAUUAUUUUUUUCGAAACUCUCAUGCUCCAAAUUCAAAUUCGAUUGCACACAUAGUAUGGAGCUCAUGUAUUUAGAGACUGCGAGUGCAGUAUUUUUUACAUCUGUACCGGGAUACAAUGUUUAUCAGAUUCAUGUAUUCCACGGAAUUCCUGCAGGCCACGCUCGUUCUUAGUAUGAAUGAAAAAGUAAUAACCAUCAAUAAUUUUCUUGC